AUGAUAGUAAUGUUUUUAAUGUUUAGUGAAUGGUUGGUUGAAUAAUAUAAUCUAACAGAUAAAAAUGAUUAAAGAGAUUGAUCUAACCGUAGAAAGUUUGGUAGCGCCAAGUGCUUAGUGCUAUAGAUAGCAUUGCAGCCGGACUCCUAAUUUAUAUUCUUAACAGAGUGGAUUAGCACAAAAGAACUAUGCAUCUGUAUAAUAAACGGGUCAAGUCCGAGUAUAACAUAACGAACCCGACCCAUUAGUGCCCAGUCUUGGGUGCCUUUCUGGGUACAAUCAAUGGGUGCCCGUAAGAAGGCAACAGGGGAGAUUAUUCAGUGGGAAGCUGGACAGGGAAACGGUCUAAAGAGGAGAAUGCCUCAAACGGGUCUCUCGAUAAAAUCGCAGGAAUAAUAGUGAGACGGCAACAACAACAACAACAGUUGCAUUUUUAUUAUUAUUAUUAUAAUUCAUUUAUUUAUUAUUUAAUCUUUACCUAUCAGAACACAAAUCACUUGAGAGAGAGAGAGAGAGACAGAGAGAGAGAGAGAUGGAAAAAGCAGAGAAGAGGGAUAAAAGAAGCCACUUUGUCCGUUACUACCUGAGACCCUGAAGAAGAACACGGAGCUCUACUUGUUCAGCUGUGAGUAAAAAUUUGAGUGAGUUGUUGCAUGUAAUUUUCCCUAUAAAUUCCACAUUUUCAUCUCAAUAUACUUACAGUCUCAUCUGCGCGGCGACCGUAGAAAUAUGAGUGCCCAAUCUAAGAAGAGAACUGUGGUAGAAAACGGCGAUGGAGGGAUCGACAUGGCCCUCGCAGCCUCAAUCGCAAACAGUGAGGACUUGGGCCCAAUCAUAAGGCACACCUUCGAGACUGGAAAGCCUGAGGCCCUCUUACACCACCUCAGGAACAUCGUCAAGAAGAAGGAAGUCGAGAUCGAGGAGCUCUGCAAACUCCACUAUGAGGAAUUCAUCCUCGCUGUCGACGAGCUUCGCGGCGUGCUGGUCGAUGCCGACGAGCUCAAAGGCAUGCUCUCUACUGAGAAUUUCAGGCUACAAGAGGUUGCGAGCGAUCUUCUUCUGAAGAUCGAGGAGCUUCUUGAGUUGUACUCGAUUAAGAAAAAUGUCACGGAGGCCACCCAAACAUUAAAGAUUUGCAUACAAGUGUCUAACCUAUGUAUCACAUGCAAUCGACAUGUAUCAGAGGGUCGGUUUUACCCCGCGCUAAAGACUCUGGAUUUGAUCGAGAAGGACUAUUUACAUAGCAUUCCCAUGAAGGCUUUUCGGAAAGUGAUUGAGAAGCAAAUACCGACAAUGAAGUUGUACAUCGAAAAGAAAGUUUGUAGUGAGUUCAACAAUUGGCUAGUGCACAUAAGGAGCACCGCGAGGCAGAUUGGCCAAUUGGCUAUAGGUCAAGCUGCGGCAGCUCGACAGAGAGACGAAGAGAUGCGGGCUCGCCAGAGAGAAGCAGAAGAGCAGAGCCGUUCUGUCGUCAGCGAUUGUGUAUACACCUUGCACACCGAGAAUAGUGAUGAAGAUUCGGUUCUGGAAUUUGAUCUCACCCCCGUUUACCGGGCUUACCACAUUCAUACCUGCCUUGGUAUUGGGGAGAAGUUCCGUGAGUACUACUACAAGAAUCGGCUCAUGCAACUUAACUUAGAUUUGCAAAUUUCGACGGCUCAGCCUUUUCUCGAGUCUCACCAACCCUUCUUUGCACAGAUAGCCGGAUUUUUCAUUGUAGAGGACCGAGUUCUGCGGACUGCAGGGGGUUUACUAUUAGAGUCGCAAGUUGAGACGAUAUGGGAAACAGCUAUUGGCAAGAUGACGUCUAUUUUGGAGGAACAAUUCGCUCGUAUGGAUACUGCGAGUCACCUCCUCCUUAUUAAGGACUUUGUGACCCUUCUAGGUGCAACUCUAACUAGAUACGGUUAUCGGGUCACCUCUUUACUCGAAAUUCUUGAUAAUAGUAGAGACAAGUACCAUGAUCUUCUACUGAGCGAGUGCCGGAAGCAGGUAAAUGACAUUCUGACAAAUGAUCCACUUGAACAAAUGGUUAUAAAGAAGGAAUAUGAAUACAAUAUGAAUGUCUUGGCAUUCCAUCUCCAAUCGUCAGAUAUUUUGCCUGCUUUUCCAUAUGUAGCGCCCUUCUCUUCUUCCGUGCCUGAUGUCUGUCGAAUCGUGCGGUCCUUCAUUGAGGACUCAUUUAGCUACUUAUCAUAUGGAGGCAUUAUGAACUUCUACGAUGUUGUGAAGAAGUAUUUAGACAAACUUUUGAUUGAAGUGUUGAAUGAUAGUUUGCUAACUUUGAUUCAUAAUAGCAAUUCGGGUGUGUCACAGGCAAUGCAAGUAGCGGCAAAUAUUACAGUUCUCGAACGUGCUUGUGAUCUUUUUCUCUUGCAAGCUGCCCAACUUUGUGGAAUUCCUAGACGUCUCAUUGAAAGGCCUCAUUCUGGCUUGACCGCUAAAGCUGUACUAAAAGCCUCGCAGAAUGUUGCAUACAAUUCCUUACUAAAUUUAGUUAAUUCCAAGUUAGAUGAGUGUACGACGCUAAUGAACAGUAUCAAUUGGACGACCGACGAGACCUCAGAACACGGGAAUGAUUACAUCAAUGAGGUCCUUCUCUUCCUUGAAAGCCUAAUUUCGGCUGCUCGACAAAUUUUGCCUUUAGAAGCUCUUUACAAGGUUGGAAUCUGUGCUUUAACGCAUAUGUGUGAUAGUAUUGUGGGUGCAUUCCUUAGCGAAAGUGUGAAGAGGUUUAAUCUUAAUGCCGUUAUGGGCAUCGAUAAUGAUUUGAAGAUGUUGGAGUCUUUUGCGGACGAGAGGUUUUACAGCUCGGGGUUGAGUGAGCUGAGGAAAGACACGAGCUUUAGAGAUUGUUUGGUGGAAGCCAGGCAGUUGAUUAACCUUCUGGUAAGCAAUCAGCCGGAGAACUUCAUGAACCCUGUUAUAAGGGAGAAGAAUUACGGUGCUUUGGACUACAAAAAGGUGGCCGCUAUUUGUGACAAGUUCAAGGAUUCGCCUGAUAGACUUUUUGGGAGUCUUUCGAACCGCAAUACGAAGCAAGAUGCUCGGAAGAAGUCGAUGGAUGUGCUGAAAAGAAGGCUGAGAGAUUUUAGCUGAAGUUUAUUGUGCUCUGUGCAGAACCAUUCUCUUUUCUUCUACAGUUCUUAUUCGGCAGUGUCCAAUUUCUUUGUCUCUCGGCGACGAAUGCCGACUUGAGAUUAUUGAUCUCAAAAUUUUGGAUCGUCAACUUUCUCUGUUCCCAUAAUUUCUUAACUGUGUGCAGUUUUUCUCUCUCAAGCUUACUAAUCUAUCUCUGUUCCUCUGUGAUCACUUGUUUAUUUAACUAUUUUGUUAUAAUAAUUUUAUGACACAACUCCUCAAGGGGACUCUAUC